AUGUCAAAUGAAAAUGAAGAUAAAGAAAAUACAAAAGCCAAUGGAGAUGCAACAAAAAAAGAAGAAGCAGGAGAAAAGCAGUCGACAAAAUCCAUUAUUUAUCCGAUAGAGCCUUCUGCACUUUAUAUUGAUGAUAUCAAAAAUAGUAAGAAAGCAUAUGAUAUCACGAUGGAUGAUCCUCCUGAAAAAUCAAAAGGUUCCAAGCCAAAAGUAGGAUUUUUCGAGCCAUAUAAACGACUAUAUGCCUUCGCUGAUAAUAUUGAUAUGCAGCUGAUGGUCAUGGGUCUAUUCAGUGCUCUUCUUCAAUCUGCACUUCCUCCAUUUGUAUGGCUUAUUAUGGGUAAUUUUGUAUCAGUUUCAAUAUUGAGAGAAGAAGGAAAAUUAGGCUUGAAAAAUCUCACAUCCGAAUACCCAAUCGACGAUCAGUUUGCUUCAUCAGCCACUCCGGCGUUCAUUUCUAUGUUAGGUCUAUCUAUUGCCAUGUUUAUCGCGGCUUUCUGUCAGCGAAUCGCCUGGGAAAUUUCUUCGAUUCGUCAAGUCUUCCGUAUCAAAAAGGCAUACAUUCGAAAGUUACUUCUCAUGGAUAUCUCUUGGUUGGAAUCCCGUCAAAGUGGACAUGUCGCCGCAAUGUUGCAAGAAUCCGCUGACUCUAUCUACAAUGGCAUUUCGGACCAUCUACCUAUGGUGGUCUUCAUAUUAUCAUACCUCCUAGUCAACAUUGGAGUGUGCGUUUACAUCCAAUGGGACGUCACACUAUUCAUGUGUCUCGCUAUCCCUCUUCUUAUCAUUUCACGUAUUUUGUACAGUAAGUGGUUUGCAAAUACGAUGGAGGAGGAAACAAAGCUACAAAAUAAGAUUACUAAUCUUGUCAACGAAACGUUUAACUGUAUAACAACGGUCAUCUCGUUUGCCGCACAGAAACAAAAAAUCAACAAAUUUGAAAAGUUAUCUGCAGAACAUAGCAUGUUGACGGAAGAAAGAUUAAGAUCAUCGGUAGUGUUUGAUAGUUUGACUCAGAUCCUUCUCACUGAACUAAUUUUUACCGGAGCAUUGUGUUAUGGAAUCUGGAGAGUUGCUGAUAAUUCACCAGGUCGUCUUUGCGCGCUGGCCAUCAAUAUGCUUUACAUGUGUGUUACAUCGAUUUCUAUUGGUUUCCAUAUCAAUGGAGCAACACGAGCCAAGGACAAUGCAAAGGAGAUUUGCGAAGUUUUGAGUAAGACACAUUUCUCUGAUUUUUCUAAUGAGCAACCGAAAAUUGAAGUUGAGUUAGGAUCCAUUGAUAACAACUCUGAUUAUGUUCCCCAAUUUCUAAAAUUUUUAGGAAAAGGAGCUCUCCACUUCCGUGAUAUCCAUUUCUCCUAUCCCAGCAGAAAAGAAACCGAAGUGCUACGUGGAAUCUCGUUCAAGGUGGAAGCCGGUGAGAAAAUCGCCAUUGUUGGUAGCAGUGGAAGUGGCAAAAGUACUUUGACAGCUUUGUUGCUUAGGUUUUAUGACCCCACUAAAGGAUCGAUUCUUCUUGACGGAGAAAACAUUAAAAUGAUGUCUCCAGAUGAUCUUCGUGGACAGUGCUCGCUGGUUAGUCAGGAGCCAGUACUGUUUGAUGGAACCAUCAGUGAUAAUAUAAGAUACGGAAGAUUGGAUGCUACUCAGCAAGAAAUCAACGAUGCAGCUAGAAAAGUUGGAGCAUGGAAGUUUAUUAAUAGUUUGCCGGAUGGAAUGAGGACUCGAGUCGGAGAGAGGUUUGUCAUAUUUUCCGGUUAUUGGCUGAUGCGAAUGGAAUUUUCCAUAAGCGUUUUAUUUUUCUUCAAUUUCAAAAAUAACCAACAACUUUUAUCUCAUCUCGACAGAUGUACAAUGACCAACGUCUUGACCAAAUCAGCCAACAGCACCAACAGCUGCAGACGAAACCAUCACUCCAGCAACAAAUGUCCUUCAGUCCACCCCCAAAACUGGCACGUUGACCCCGACCAGCAGCGACGUGCGUGGGCUCGUAGCUCUCUUGGAGGCACUAAGAAACUCGGAAAAUCGUACUCUGUGAACAGUAUGGAGAAGGAGAAAUUGAAAUUGCCGGUGAUGAGUAAAAAGAAAUCGGAAAGAUUGGAUUAUAAAUACUCGAGAGUGCAUAGUAUGGAUGUGAAACAACAUGGAGAGAGUAUGGAGGAUGAUGAUUUGCCAGGGAAAGAAACAAAUUUCACCGUUCUCAGAGAUCUGAUCUACUCCUACAGAAAAGGGUUGCCACUGUUAGCCGGAGCAAUCCCAACGACAAUUGUUAGAGCUGUAUUCUAUCUUCUUAUCUGUUUCCAAGUAGCUUCCGUGCUAGAAAUUUCUAUUGCUCCGGACGACGAGCGAGCUCUACAGAUUUUCAUUGUCGCUGCUAUCUACACAGCGUUGAUUAUUGUUAAGACCAUUUUCGAAGCACUUGGGCGUUUGUUCAUUGCUCUCUACGGACACGGUUUUUGCAAGUUUAUGAGGAAUGAGAUGUUCCGAAAAAUUCUUCGACACGGUGCCGCUUACUUCGAUGAAGAAAAAAAUAGUCCGGGCAGAUUAGUACACAAAGUGAUCAAUGAAUCAUCCACGCUGAAUGAAAUCAUGGAACAAAAACUGGAUAUGCUGAUUCCGGGAAUCGUAUGCUCUGUUUUCUCAAUUGUCUGUGCACUUUGGAUUAAUUGGAAAAUGGCCCUUCUUUGUUCGUUCCAGUUCCCAGCUUAUUUUAUUAUUCGAAUCUUGCAAAUUAGAGAAGGAACAAAAAGACAACGUCAAAUGGUAGACGAGGAAAAGAAAGCAGCAAACUUGGCUUCUGUAGUGCUUGCUAAUAUGAGUACCAUCAAAGCCUACAACCUACAGUCUCACUUCUAUAAUGUGUUCUGUGACGCUUUGAAACCAGUUUCUCAGUGUAUGCAGAAACAAUCUGUGAUUUCUGCGUUUGUGUUCGCAUGUCAAUAUUCUUUCACCUACAUCCUCAUCGCAAUCACUUUGCACUUUGGAAAAGUGAUGAUGUUGGCUAAUGAGAUUAGUGUCUUUGACUAUAUGAGAGUUGUUCUGCUCACUCAAUUCGGAGCUAACUUCUUCUCUCAACUUAUCGCAUCUGUCAGUGAUUUCACUAAAGCUCAGAUUGCCGCAGAGAAUGUUAUGAGAGUUAUCAGAGAGCAACCUGUAGAAAUGGAUAACUUGUCGGAAGAAGGAUUGAGACCAAAAUUGGAAGGAAACCUUUGCCUCCAAAAUGUGUCCUUCCGUUAUCCAACAAGACCCAUUGUACCUGUUCUGGCGAAUUUGAACUUGAAAAUUCGUGGUGGAGAGUCAAUCGCACUUGUGGGUCCAUCAGGAUCCGGAAAGUCUUCAAUUAUCUCUUUGUUCCAAAGAAUGUACAAUGCCACGGACGGAGUUGUCAUCAUUGACAAGUACAACAUCAAAUCCAUCAACCCGGCCUAUUUGAGACGAUGCAUCGUACAGGUCGGCCAGGAACCGGAUCUCUUCUCAUUCACUAUCAGGGAAAACAUCGCAUUUGGAAUGAUGGAAAGCGAAGCUACCAUUGAUAAAGUGAUCGAAGCGGCGAAGAUUGCAGAUAUUCACAAUUUUAUCACCAGUCUCCCACAGGGCUAUGACACGGAAGUCGGAGAAUUCGGUGCACAACUAUCGGGCGGUCAAAAACAAAGAAUCGCAAUAGCUCGAGCAGUAAUUAGAAAGCCAACUGUUCUACUGCUCGACGAGGCAACUUCAGCGUUGGAUAGUGCAAGUGAGAGAGAAGUUCAAAUUGCCUUUGAACGAGUCAAGAGAGCUCGGAAGACUGCUUGCACGUGUAUUCAAAUUGCCCAUCGUCUAUCCACAAUUCGGAAUGUUGAUAGAAUAUAUGUCAUCGUUCAUGGUGAAAUCGCUGAAGAAGGUGAUCACGAAUCACUGAUGAAUUUAAAGGGUAUUUACUACGAAAUGAACCAAAUGGCUUGA